AGAAGAAGAAGAAGAAGAAGAAGAAAGCAACACAACCAGAGGAGCUGGUUUUCAAAAUAAAAUGUGGAUGCAGCCAGAGCUAGCAGGCUAACAGGCUAGCAUCCAUGUGGUGUCUAUCAGGUUUAAAUAGUUCCACCAGGUGGCGCCACCCAUGUCUUUCCUCUACCUGGACACAGUCUGACCUGGUUGGACCUGGUCCACCAAUGUCCCAUCAUGCACCUGGAGGCUCUCUGAGUUAAUCCACCUGAUUAAUGGACGGACGUUGUCUUCGUCUCAGAGAUUAAGACAUCAGCUCAUUACUCAAAGACUCAAAGACAGAAAAACCUUCGUCCUCGUCCUCGUCAGAACCUGGAGACAGAGGACGACUGGAGGCAUGAAGCUGGACUCUGCACCUGAACCAACUCACUGAUCCCUGUGACCAUGGUUGAGGGCGGUGACCUUGAGGGGGCGCGGCAUGCCAGUGACAUCACGUUCAGUGAAAACAUAAGCCCCGCCCCCGGCCUGCGGAGGAAACAGCUGCUUUGGCAAAACGCCAUCAGGACCAUCAUAGACCAGCAUCACCUGAACCCCCCGAGACCAGAGAGGGGGCCGCACCGCAUCACCGUGACCGACGCCUACAUCGCUGACAUCAACAGGCAGAUCCGUAACAAAGGUUCUCGAGGAACCCUCUGGCAGAAACGUCGCUCCUCUGCAGCUCGUAUCCAUCCCACCCAGAGCGUCGCCAUGGCAACAUCCACCAAUCAGAACACGCUUAGCGACCGGGACUUCCUGGUCUCGUGUGGACGGACGGUUCGAGGCGUCUUCUUCCCCACGCUGCAGCUCGUCUUCAAGUCUCAGGACCUGGAGCAGGUCUACCAGCGGUUCUCCUCGUCUCAGAGACGGACGUCUCUGGUCGUGUCCAACACCAUUGACAUCUUGUCCCGCGUCCUCGUGUCUCUGCUGACGUGGCCUCCGGGCUGGGGGGGCGUGGCCUGUGGCUGCCUGGCCGGCCUCUCUGUGGCCUUGUGGGCGGGGCUAAGUCUGCUGGUACUGACCAGACAGGAAGUGAUGUCAUCACCACAGUGGCUCAGGUGUCUGUCUCUGGUCACCUGGGUGUCUCAGACUGUCCAGGUCCUGGCUGGUGUCCUCUGCUGGUCUGAUGGGGACCAGUCCUGGUACGUCUUCUUCAGCGUCUUCUCCACCUACACCCUCCUCCCCGUCCCCCUCCUCUGGUCCAUCAUCGCCGGGACAACCACCUCCGUCCUGCACCUCCUGGUGGACGCCUGCUGUCACUACGGCAACCGCACCUCACUCUCAAAGGUCUUGUCCCAGGCCCUGCUCCACCUGGCCAUGAACACCGCCGGCCUGUUCAUCCACUUCCUGUGGGACCGGACCCAGAGACAGUCCUUCCUGGAGACACGGCGCUGCAUCGAGGGACGAGUCCACCUGGAGACAGAGAACCAGAGACAGGUCCUGGUUCUGUGUCCUCACCUGUCUGUACUUACGUGUCCAUCCUCUGUCCUGUGUCCUCAUCUGUCUCUUUGUCCCCAGGAGCGUCUGGUCAUGUCCAUCCUGCCCCGGUUCCUGGUCCUGGAGAUGAUCUCAGACAUGGACGAGUUCCUCCACAAGAUCUACAUCCACCACUACAAGGACGUCAGCAUCCUGUUUGCUGACAUCAUCGGGUUCACGUCUCUGUCCCUGAUUCUCUCGGCUCAGGAACUCGUUAAGAUGCUAAACGAGCUCUUCGCUCGCUUCGACAGAUUAGCAGAGGAGCACCAGUGUCUCCGCAUUAAGAUCCUGGGAGACUGUUACUACUGUGUCUCUGGUGUCCCUGAGCCCCACAGAGGACACGCCCGCUGCUGCGUGGACAUGGGACUCAGCAUGAUCAGCACCAUCCGGUACGUCCGCCGGGACCUGGAGCAGGACGUGGACAUGAGGAUCGGUGUCCACUCGGGUUCUGUCCUCUGUGGCGUCCUGGGUCUCCAGAAGUGGCAGUUUGACAUCUGGAGCUGGGACGUGGACAUCGCCAACAGUCUGGAGGCUGCAGGAGUCCCAGGUCAGGUCCACGUCUCUCGGGCCACUCUUGACUUCCUGGGCGGGGUCUAUGAGGUGGAGGCGGGGCAUGGCCGGGACCGCAGCCCGUUGCUACGGAAACACAACAUCGACACAUUCCUGAUUCGCCCAGGGCCGCGGGAGGGGGCGGAGCCUCCGAGGACCAGGCGUCUCAGCUAUGAGGAGACGAGGACGUGGACCGCGGAGCGUCCCUUCGGGGACAUCCUGGGGAUGAGCCUCAUCCUGUCCACCUUCAGCGGCUCCCUGACCCAGCUGUCCAAUCAGGGACCAGGAUCCAGGGACGUCCACAAGAGGAUCGGCCGGGUCCUGGAGGAGAGGAGCAGCCGGCGCAUGAGGAGGGACAACAUCACCUCCUUCACCCAGGAGUUCAAGGACGCCAGCAUGGAGGCCAAGUUCUCACAGAUGAGAGACGAGCUCUUCAAGUCCAACAUGGUCUGUUCCUUCAUCCUGUUGCUGCUGCUGAUGGUCGUCCAACUGCUGAGACCUGUCCCCAGGUGGUGUCCCCUGGUGUCUGUCUUCCUGGUCAGCUGCCUGGUUUACUUCCUGCUCCUCCUCCUGACUCUGGGGGAGGAGUUUCAGCGUUGCCCCGCCCCCCUCCAGUCUCUCUGCUGCUGGGUUCACGAGACCAAGACGAUCCGAACGAUGCUAACGCUAACGGCUAUCACCAUCAACCUGGGAGUGGGCUCCUCCCACCUGCUGUGGUGUGAUUGGUCGGAGGUACCCAGCAGUGACGCCCCGUUGGCCCCGCCCCCCUCUACCUGGGCUGAGGUCAACAUCUGCACUGGGGUCGUUGCCAUGGUGACGUGCGCCGUCUUCCUGCGGCUCAGCUGCGUUCUGCAGGUCGCCGUCCUCCUAUUGGUCACCGCCCUCUACGCCUACAUCAUCCAGACGCACAGGUCCCAUCAGCUGUGUGGGAGAGGAGCGUGUGUCGUCCUCAUGGUCAUGUUCGUGGUGGCCGUCCUCUACAACAGCAGACAGCUGGAGGCCACGGCGCGGCUGGACUUCCUGUGGCGUCUCCAGGCCAAGAAGGAGGUGGAGGACAUGAAGGAGCUGAGGGAGCUGAACGAAUGUCUCCUCCUCAACAUCCUGCCGCCCCACGUGGUCCAGCACUUCCUGGAGAGAGAGCGCAGCCACGAGGACUUGUACUCUGAGUCCUAUCAGAGAGUUGGAGUCAUGUUCGCGUCUCUUCCAGGAUUCUCUGAUUUCUACCAACAACAGGAAGUUCUUCAUCAACAAGUCCAGAGUCUCCGCCUCCUCAAUGACAUCAUCACCGGCUUUGACCAGCUCCUGGAGGAGAUCUACUUCCAGGAUGUGGAGAAGAUUAAAACCAUCGGUAGCUCCUACAUGGCGGCGUCAGGCCUCUCUCCAGACAGGAAGGAGUGUGAGGACGUCUGGUUUCACCUCCCUCAGCUGGCUCUGUUGGCUCUGGCCAUGCAGGAAACUCUGAGACACAUCAACACUCUGACAGGAAGCAGCUUCACCCUCAGAGUCGGUCUGGCCCACGGUCCCGUCAUUGCAGGUGUGAUCGGAGCCACCAAACCUCAGUACGACAUCUGGGGCUCCACCGUGAACAUGGCGAGCAGGAUGGAGAGCACCGGGGUCAGCGGCACCAUCCAGGUGCCGGAGGCCACCAGCUGCAUCCUGGUGGAGAGGGGCUUCCUACGGCAGCUCAGAGGGAACAUUUACGUCAAAGGAGUCAGCGAACGCCACGGGAAGAUCCGCACCUUCUUCGUGAGUGGGCGGGGGGAGCAGUCCAGCUUCCCGGAGCGCGGCGGCGGCGGCGGCGGCGGUGGUGGGCGGAGCUUGACCAGGAACACGCUGGGAGCCGUGGUCUACAGUCUGAUCCAGGCCCGGAAGAGGGAGAAGCUCCGUGAGGAGAACGGAGGCUUUCACCUGGUGGAUGCGUCCUAGGAGAAGGAGGAGGAUCCUCUGAUUGGUUCCUGGAGGCGGAGCUUUACAAAAUAAACAACUGGAACUACAGCUCCCAUAAUACUUUGUGGUAUGCACCCAGGAAGUACUGUGUGGAGUAUCACAUCUCACUGAGAAACACUUCUAACAGGCUAAAGCUAACAGACUGAGGCUGAGGCUAACAGGCUAAAGCUAACAGACCGAGGCUGAGGCUAACAGGCUAAAGCUAACAGGCUGAGGCUAACAGGCUAAAGCUAACAGACUGAGGAUGAGGUUAACACAUUAAAGCUAUCUGACUGAGUAUUUGGCUAACAGGCUGAUGCUAAAGCUAAACUCCUGAGGUUAAACAGAAGUUAAAGCUAACAAACUGAUGCUAAGGCUAACAGGCUAAAGCUAUUGAAACCCUUUUAGGAAUACUUCUAUGAAUUUGUCACCAGAGGCAGAAGAUUUACAAAGAAAAACCUGAUUUGAACGUGUUGACGUUUAACCGUUUUAUACAGUUUGAACUAAACUUGAAAUAAAGAUGUUUAGAAACAAA